GUGAAAACAUGAAGACCGCUUUACUUAAAUGAAUUUUCUCCGUGCGCUGGAGAGAGCUGAGCAAGCGAGAGAUCCAUGGCAGAGGCGAAUGCUGCUACUGCAACGGGGACGACGGCUGAAGUCCCGAAAACUCAACCUGGAAACACUGCACAAAACCUCCCUUCUCAGAUUCCUCCUGCUCAAAACAGGAAGAGAAAGCUCGAUUAUGCUGAUAUUCAGAAUUCCUCGUACUUCAAGAUCCGAGCCAUUAUUAAAGACCUUCGCCCCCAUUUCGUUGAGGUUCUCCAAACUCCUGACUUCAGAAAUUGCAAAGCAGCUCAUGAAAUUCGAAAACAGAUGAAGCUCAUGAUGGAUUUAUAUAAACAAUUGAAACUAGAAACAGUGUCUAUGGGGAAGUGUAAGAAUCAAACAGAAGGUCAACCUUUGCCAGGUGAAAGCAGGCAUGAGCAAAGACCCCUGGAGAGGCGUCAAGAGAAGCAGGUAGAACAUUCUCAACCAGAGUCGCUUCUAGAGAAAUCACCUGAAGAGAAGCCUCCUUCUGGAGGAACUAACUCUGAGAAGAAAAAAGUUGAAGAUGGCCGAAUCCAAGGGACAUAUGUUGUAGGUGGAUCAGUCUUUGGUUGGAACUUUAUAAUGUAUCCAGGCAGUAAACCAGUCUAUUAUGGGGUAACAAAAGAGUCACGCCGAGCUGCAAAGUAGUCUUUUUUCAUUCGCAGAUUUGGCAGUUUGAGCUAGCUCAAGCUAUUGAAGCCCAUCCCAUAUUUAGAAAUGUAUAAUAUACAAAUCUUGCCCCUCCCAGGCCUCAACGUUAAUCUGAAGGAAUCUGCAGAGGUUACUUCAUAAACUAAACUGUACCGAACAUCUUCUUUGUUGUAGCAGUUUUACUGUAAAACUUUCAAAAAUCAGUUGUAACUUGCCAUUUAGGGAGUUUUACUUUGUAAUUUUUACCCUUGAACUGUGUUGUAGAUUUGGAGUAAUUAUUAGCAAGGACUUACUUUAAGAUAGCAAUGUAGCAAAUUGGUAAUGA